CGUCUGUUCCCACGGUCGCGAAUGUCCUGCUGUACUACGACGUGAACUUUUUUUUAUUGUGAAAAUUGUCAGGGCAGAAUAUCUCUAGGUAUUUGUCUAGAUGAAUACCUAUUAUUCAUGCCAUGUUGCGAAAUGGUACGCAAGAACGUUUAGAUUCGUCCGCAGCUCCACAUCUGAAAAUAAAAGCUUUUGCCGUUAUUUGUCAUCAGCUCAAGUGUCAACAGCUUUGCGACCUUUUUAUUUCCUCGUUCACCCUGACCUGUUUGGCCAGUUCCCACGAGCCCAACAUAUCAACGAUGCAUCACUGAAGUCUCUCAAUUCCCACUUGGAUUCCCUUUUAAACCACAAGAAGCCACGACCGGUUAGCGUACAGUUCUAUGUGAAGGACAAAAAUGUGCAAGGUAUUUUACACACCGUAGCUGUCCAACUCAACAAGUCAACAGCCAGAGCGACAGUCCACGAUAUUUUGAGUGAGUUUGAUCUGCCAACAAAGUAUGUCGACAGCUUGCCAGAGAAAACGGGCAAACCGGAUCGGGAAAUCAAGUGGCACCACUCGUUUUACGAUGCAACGGGGACAGUCAAUCCCUAUGAAGAGGAAUACACAGCAAGGACAAGGGAGAAUUUGUACUCAUGGCUCAUCAAAAAUAUGGGAGAAGCAGAGAGAAGACUUUCCGUCAGCAAACCCAUUCGUCAAGAUAUCGUGAGGCUCCGACAGUCACUUAUCGACGAUCUCAAACUCACAGAGCUGACGUGGGAACGGGGCCUCGGAACAACCCACUUGAGAGGCUGCAUGCAAGGUCUGAUGGCACUCAUUGCACAUCAUCAGGAGAUUAAAGCAAUUUUAGAAGGACGAGCAAUACACUUUGGAAAUGAAACAGGAAUUAGCUUGUCAGGGAGUCUGGUCCUCAGCACUUCCGAAGUCCGCAACCAAUGGCUGAAGGUCAUCCACCAUCUGCCAGAGCAGGAUGCAAUGAUUCGGAGAAUACCCGAUAUGCAGAAAGCUGUUUCAAAUACUUUGCGGGAUAUCCAGGUUACACAUAGGAAAUAUCAGCCCUUUCUGUUGGCUGAACACUACAGUCAGCAACUUCGGCGUUUUGUUACCGCUCUGGGUGACUACAGAGGUCGUAAUGGAUACCCAAAAUCGUGGCCCGAAACGCUGUCAAAUAUACAGCUUGUUGUUGAAUCAGCCUCAGGCCCGCUGAUGGUGUCUCCAACAGGCCAGAUUCUAGUCCCUUCCUCCUGUCCUCCUGCGCAGCUAGUCAACUUUAUCACGGAGAACAUGGAAGAGGCAGAGAGGAUGAUUAAUAAUUACAAGAGUGUCCGCUGGAGAGAGAAGGCCCUUCACCGCCAGUGUAAAGAGGAGCUUGGUUUGGAUUUCUUAGAGAAAGACGAUUCUGUGACGCCCGACAUGAUGACAGAGUGUCUUGCGAGGCUGCUGGAGGCAUCGUACCGUCUCUCUCCCCUGCUUUCCGGGGCUCGCGUUUGGGUCACUCAUUAUUACACUGUGAUGCUCGAUGGGGAAAUCUGUAUACCCUGGAACUGGGAUAAGGAAAAGUAUUAGAAAUGCUAAAAAAAAAAAAAGGGGGGGG